AUGAGAUUCAGACGAGUAGAAACACCGAUACCGAUCGUCCUCUUGACGGCAUGCAUUCUGUUGACACUACAACAGCAGCCAUGUCAUGGCUUUUCUUCUUGUAGUGUCAAUCUGUUCAAUCGGCCACAAAACAUCUUUGUUCCUACACAGGCCAAGAAAUGGAUUCCUCACUGGUUAUCACCGUUUUCCAGACAGAACUACACCAUCACGGUAUCAUCCAGCGAUGUUAAGGUAGACCUGCUGCAGUCGAGUUUUACGUUUGCAUUUCCCACGCUCCGAUCCAAAUUGGAAUUCCCCAAGGUCGAGUUCCCGUCGGCGUUGAUUCAAGAUGCCCACGAAGAGUAUCUACGACGACAUCAGAUUGUCAAGAAACGACGGGUCUUGCAACGAUUGUUGGAAAUCAACAGUAUUCUCGCUGGUCAAAUCAUGCGUCCUCUGCUGUGCAGUCUGGUCACCACCAAGCCAGACUUGUCGACGAUUCACAUUCCCACCGAUGAAGAUUGGGAGGCCUUUUGGAGUCACCAACGGGCAGGGACACGGCGCAACCUGACCAAUGCGGAACGUGUGGCACAGGGAGUCCCCGUGUUGGGUCCCACGUUUGUGAAGCUGGCUCAAAUCUUAGCCACGAGGCCUGAUAUACUUCCGGUGCCACUAGCUGAAGCAUUGGGUAGUCUCCAGGAUCAAAUGCCACCCUUUGACAAUUUGGUCGCCAAACGCAUGAUCCGGACCGAUAUGAAUACGGUACUAUUCAGUCGCAAUAGUGAUGACAUGAUUCCACAUUCCUACAUGCAGUCCAAAGACGAUGUCAAUGACUUUAUGGAAUCACUCUCUGAAAAACCACUUGCGGCUGCCAGUGUGGCACAAGUCUACAAGGGAUACUUGGACGGAUUCGGACCUGUGGCGGUCAAGGUAUUGAGGCCUGGCUGUCAACGCAAGGUCGAACACGAUGCCACACUCUUUCAUUCCGUGGCCACAUGGGUCGAACGGAUGAGCAACAACACCAUGAAGCUGCCGGGCGCACAACGGCUUGAUAUCGGUUCCAUUCGGUUGGUACAAGCGGUCGAUGAGUUCACGUCGCGCGUGUUGGAGGAUAUAGACUUUACGCGGGAGGUCGAAAACAUGAAGGCUUUUGCUGCACUCUACGAUGCGCGCAGCGGAACAUCGCCCACGGUCAAAGUAGUGGUACCCAAGGUGAUUCCAGAACUCUCCAGCAACCGUGUCAUUGUCAUGGAGUGGUUGGAAGGAACCAGGUUGACGGAGGUCUGCACGGAUUGCGACGAUGGGCCCAGUCAACAAAAAGAGAACCUGGACUUGAUUGUGCAGGCUAUUGAAAUGACCGUGUCGCAAUUGAUUGAUCAUGGACUGCUACAUGGAGACCCGCAUCUUGGCAAUGUAUUGAAAGUGCGAAACCCAAAGACGGGCAAGCCAGAGCUAGGAUACUUGGAUUUUGGUUUGGUGUCGUAUGUCCCUCAAAAGUUUCGAGAUGCCAUUGUCAUUGCGGUGGUGCAAUUGGUCUUUGCCCGCAACAUUGAAGCAGUUGCUGAUCUUUGUGUAGAUUUGGGCUUGCUACCAGAGGAGACGUUGCAAGAUGCAGGAGAACGACAACGAUUCUUCAAAGCAGUCAAAGGUGCCUUGCAAGAAGUACUGAUUUGGCCCAAGGAUACAGAAGGCAUGUCGACUGCGGUGCCAGUGAUUCGGUUUGAAAAUCUCUUGCCUGCCUUUAGUGAUUUGAUCCGGUCAUUUGAGUUCACCGUACCGCCCUACUUUCUCAACAACAUUCGAGCAUUGGCGACGCUGGAGGGGAUGGCACUGAAACUCGAUCCCAACUUUAAUGUGUUUCGAGUCAUCUAUCCCUAUUCCAUCAACCGAUUGAUGCGCAAUCCUGCAGUUAGUAAACGUGUCCAAGAAACCUUUGUGGAGAUAUGUCGGUCUCCCGACACGCAGCUGAUAUCACCUAAACGUGUUCGCAUGUUGCUGAAUGAUUGGGCGUUGUGGACGGGCUACCGCAAGCGGAGGAUUGCCUGGGACUUGUUUAUAUGCGCGGGAGGAAGAAGGGUGACACCUGUCAUCUUGCACAACUGGCUGUUGAACCGAGUUCGCAAUGCCAAGAAUCUAGCACGGCACAGUCAACGAGUUGUGGUUCGAGGUUGUAAUAAAGUGGUGGAUCUGUUGCCGCUGGUGGGGGCAAGACAAGAAAACAUGAUCUACUAG